AUGAAUCGCCGUGGUCACCUGUCACACAAGGUGCCCAACGUCAAGCUCCGACCAGCUCCGAGGCGGAGCACACGGCGCCACCCUUCGCCCAGCGACGCAGACGUCGUGCGCGCGGCGUGGAGCGAGGCUGAAGGCGAAGAAGACAUGCCGAUCGGACAAGGUAGCUCGGACAGGCCUUGGACCAACAUCAAGGUCACGUUCUCCGGGGUCGAGGACAAGGCGGCACUCAUCCCACUGGUCCGCGAGCUCGGCGGCGAGGUCGACAGUGCCCUCACUGUGCAUGUUACGCACGUCAUUGCCAACGGCUUCACCUCGCCCAAGUAUCUUCACCACAUUCCCGUCCUCUCAUCGUCGUGGAUCCACGACGCCCAUGCCAAGUGGCUCAAGGGCGACGAACUCGAUGUCCCUGCGGUGAGCUUUGUGCCAUUCUUAGGCCUCAAGAUUGCCGUCACUGGCAUUGACCAGAUCGACCGUCGCAAGCAGAUCAUCAAGUACAUCAACGCCAACGGCGGCGUCUACUCCAAGGACCUGGAGCGCAGCUGCACCCACCUCGUGAGCGCGGCGCGGACAACGGAUACCAAGAGCAAGGCCUCGGAAAAGAUCAGGUGGGCGCUCAGGGAGAUUGGCGAGUGCGAGAUGGCCCGUCGACGCGGUAAGCGUGUCGAGGGCGAAGACUUUCGCGUCGUGUACGAAGAGUGGAUUUGGGACUGUGUCGCAUUUCGCGGCCGCUGGAAGGAGGAUGGCUACGACGCGCGCAAGCCGCGCGCAAGGGGAAAGGUCAACUACGAGGACGUCUUGGACGGCUCUGUCUUCGUCCAGCCGGCCAAGGAGACGAAUAACGACGACAACAACAACAACGACAACGACGAGGAUCAACCCAUCGUCGUGCGCAAACGUAAACGCGGCAACGUCGAGACGCUUGUCGGCGAGCUGUUGAGCACCACCAAGGUCAAGGAGGAGAUGCCCGACAUCAGAGUUGCCAGCAGCACAGCGGAGAUUCCACUCCUUGACGGCGACGUCUCAAUGGUGGACGUGAGCCUCCAUAUGACACCCCGCGUGGUCGACAAGCCCGCUGCCGAGGAGCUUCUUCCCUCCCGAGGCGGGCCUUUUGAGCACCGCCCGUCCCGACUCCACAUCUCGCGCGCGGCAUCGUUCGCCGCUCCUGCAGCCGCAGGCCCCUCGAGGCUACCCACGACCGCUGUGCCGCACAAGCCCAGCACUGGUGCCUCGAUGCCCAACACGUCCGCACCGCAACAACUGACCCGAGAACUGCAGCCUUUCUUCAAUGGUCUGCGCUUUAGCCAUGCGAUCGCCGAGGGCUACCAGGGCCUCGAGAAUGCGCUGGUCCAGCACGGCGGCGUGGUUGUGUCCGAGGAAGAGAGGUUGUCCGGAGCACGAGAGGUCGACUUUGUGAUUGUCAGACUAUCUGGACGAAUCAAGCCGGUCAUUCCCGAGCCACCACAAGGCGCAAAGGCCCCAGAAGUCGUGACCGAGUGCUGGGUGGAGGGCUGCUGUUUUACGCAGACACUCUUGUCGCCCGACGACAAGCUUGUCUUCCGCCCGCUCGCUGUCCCAACUCCCCUUGCUGGCACCGAGUCGCUUCACGUCCACAUCUCGGGCUUUUCCACCGAGACGAGCGUUUACCUCCGCCGCCUGCUCAAGGCUCUCGGCUGCGCGUUAUCUGAAAAGCUGAACCGCCGGACAACGACGCACCUCGUCUGUGCCGCCCCCACAGGGCAAAAGUACGACAAGGCGCUCGAGUGGGGUGUGACCGUCGUGCGAGACUCUUGGCUGUGGAACAUGGCGCAGAGUGGAAGCGUCGAGGCGGCAGAGGAACACGCACACGACCAAGGUACCAAUGUCAAGACUACAUCGACGUCGCCUGCCGCCCUUCCCAGUGCCCCAGCAUUGGCCGACUCCCUGGUUGUUCCCACGGCGCCGCCCAAGAAAUCACUGUCGCCGUCGCGGAUGCUCAAGCGCUCCCCAGCCCGCGUCGUGCGCGCCGGCGCAUCACCCUUCCUCGACGAGGCACAAAACCCGCUUUCCCCGCCCAAGGUGCCCACCGAGCGCCUGCUCAACGGCGCACGCGCAAGUCCAUCAAGUGCCUCUAUGCCACACUCGAGUCCGCGCGGAGGAUCCGGCACGCCCACCACGACCGAGCUCAAAGCCGCCGUGUCAGCUCCGGCCGCCAUCAAGCCCAGCGGGAGCGGCACGAGCGACGACGUGACGGCCGCGCUGCGUCGUCUGGCCGAGAGCCGCGAUGCGCCUUCGCGCACCCGCGUCGUCCGCCGCGCGCGUCCAGGCUUGUCACGGACCACCAAGCUCGGCGCGACGUCUGCGGCCGCAUCGGCGUCGACAUCGCCCGUCAAGGACAAGGACAACGGCGCUUCAUCCCCCGCGGGCCCGGUGCCGGGCCCCGAAGACGAAUCGAUGCGCAUCACGUAUGCCGAUCCCGUCGCGGACAAGGAACGCCGCAGGCUGCUCGAGGCUGUGAUGCGCAGCAGCACGAGCCCCGUCAAGCGCGCGAGGGUGUAG